AUGACAGAGACCGCUGUUGUCCCAACAGCCGCCACAGAGCCGCAGGAUGGCGCCCCUCCGCCAGCGGGUGGUGGGGAGCAGCAACAGCCUGCUGCUGAAGAUAGAAAGCGAUCACUGGAGGAUCAUGGGGAGUGCAUAGCCAUCAAGGUCACCUACGGCAAGCAAUCGGUGACCACCUCGCGGCCUCUGCUCAGCACAGUGGCGUCGCUCAAAGCCGACGUUGCGGCGCACACAGGCGUGCCACCCGAGAACCAGGUUCGCAAGCUGCUGUUCAAGGGGAUGCUCAAGGACGAGCAGACGCUGCAGGCUGCGGGGCUCAAGAGCGGCUCCAAGGUUAUCGUCAUGGGCAGCCGCCCAGAGGAGAUCAAGGUGACCAAGCUUGGGCAGGCGGGCGCGGCAGGCGGCGGCGGAGGGGACUGGGACGACAAGCCGCCCAGUGAGCCGUGGAGCGAGCAGGAGCAGCACAAAAAGGUCAUCAGCAAGGGGCGCCCAGACGAUGGCUGGCCGGGGAUCAAGGACAAGCAGGUACCACUGCGGGACGACCAGACCUACAUCCCUGGCCUCUACAACAGCCAGGGGACCAAGGUGCGGCUGACGUUCAAGGCCGAGCUGCAGCAGCUGUGGGUGGGCAGCGCGGUCUCCACCCAGAAGGUGCCCUACAACACAAUCGCCAAAAUGGAGAGCCAGGCGAUCAAGGGGCAGGAAGAGUACUCAAUCCUGCGCAUCCAGGUGGGCAGCUCCGCCUCCUCCAACCUCUGGCUCUACUACCUGCCCAGCCAAGCGGUUAGCGGCGUGAAGAUGAGGGUGCUGGGAGUGGGGGCGCUGCUCUGA